AAAAAGAGUGCGGCAUGCCGGACAGAGCUCACUGCGGGCCACCGAAGGGGUGUGUGUGUCUGGUAAAAACAGGAUCUUCAUCAUGUCUGCUGUCCAUCGUCUUGUGAUCGUCCGUCAUGGAGAGAGUGCGUGGAACCAGGAGAACCGCUUCUGUGGCUGGUUCGACGCCGACCUGAGCGAGAAGGGAAUGGAGGAGGCCAAGCGAGGAGCCCAGGCCAUCAAGGAGGCUGGCCUCAAGUUCGACGUGUGCUACACCUCGGUGCUGAAGCGAGCCAUCAAGACCCUGUGGACCAUCAUGGAGGGCACGGACCAGAUGUGGCUGCCCGUGAUUCGCACGUGGCGCCUGAACGAGCGCCACUACGGCGGCCUCACCGGACUCAACAAGGCAGAGACGGCCGAGAAGCACGGCGAGGAGCAGGUGAAGAUCUGGCGUCGAUCCUUUGACAUCCCGCCUCCACCCAUGGACAAGGACCACCCCUAUCACCAGAUCAUCAGUGAGUCUCGGCGCUACAAGGACCUGAAGCCCGGGGAGUUGCCCACUUGUGAGUCCCUGAAAGACACCAUCGCCCGCGCCCUGCCCUUCUGGAACGAUAUCAUCGCCCCCCAAAUCAAAGCUGGGAAAAACGUCAUCAUCGCCGCUCAUGGCAACAGCCUCCGUGGCAUCGUCAAGCACUUAGAGGGAAUGUCUGACGCAGCCAUCAUGGAGCUGAAUCUUCCCACCGGAAUCCCAAUCGUGUACGAGCUGGAUGCAGACCUGAAGCCGGUGAAGCCCAUGUCUUUCCUGGGUGAUGAAGAAACCGUGAAGAAGGCCAUGGAGGCAGUGGCUGCUCAGGGAAAGGUCAAGAAGUAAGCUUCGUCUGAAGCUAAAGAAACCCCCCAAAAAAGGGACUUUUCUUCUGUCUCAAACUCCUUUUCCUCUUAUCUCAGUUUUCAUUCCAACUUUGGGAAAUGUUUCAUUGUUUUAGUUUUGUUGACAAAAAAAUAAAAGCCCCAUCAAUCCAGCCAGACACUUCAAAUUUUUGAUGAAACCGUAUAAAUUGAAGCUUUGGAAAAACUAAUAAAAAAGUGAUUUGUUUUUA